GCUCCCAAAGGCACCUGGUGGGCCACUGCGAGUAGCAGAGUGCUGGACUAGAUGGACUCUGGUCUGAUCCAGCUUGCUUGUUCUUAUAGCUUUCCCCUUCAUCCAGAACCCCCCCCCCCCCCCCCGCCCUGGCUUCUGUUUGGGGCACCCUUCCUCGCAGCCAACUCAAAGCACAUCUUAGCGCUUCAAGUAAAUGUUCUAAUAAUGCCAGGAUCUUGCACCCUGUUCAUGUUUACACUAAGAAUGUACAACAGACAAAAGUUUCAAGCUGCAGUUUUUGUUCUUUUAACUUUGAAUAAUUUUAACUUGGCUUUUUCUUUUGACGAACAGUGAAUACUAAGCCACAAAGGCUUUCUUUUGAACUAAAUGGUUCUCAGUAGUAAAUUGUUCCCAUGUACUCGGAAAAUGAUUUGGCCCUCUCGUAGUUACUGUUUUAAUGGCUUUAAAAUAAACCUGGGUUAAAUGUGUAAAUUAUUAUCAUCAAGACAACUGCGGGGGGGGGGGGGGCGUUCUCAGGUUUUUCAACAUGCAAGUAUUAUUUCCAUGCUUGAUAUGUUUGCUGUUGAAAACAGUGGAACUGUGAAGGUUUCCUGGAUCAGUUGUAAUGGGCAUCACUGUGUGUUGUUUUAAAAGAAAGAAACAUGGUUGCAAGUUUCUGCAAGUUUUGUUCUGCAAAAAGCAAGAAGUCUGUUGUACAAAUAUUUUGUAAACAUUUGGAGACCCAGAGCCAUCCAUGUGAACUAUCAUUUAUUGGAAUCAUAGAAGCGUAGAGUUGGAAGAGACCCCAAGGCUAUCAAGUCCAUGCCAUGCAGGAAUACACAAUCAAAUCACUCCUGACAGAUGGCCACCCAGCCUCUGUUUUAAAAUCUUCAAAGAAGGAGACUGCCACACUUCGAGACAGUGUAUUCCAUUGUCCUUACCUUCCACAGUCCUUACCAUCAAGAAGGUCUUCCUAAUGUUUAGGUGGAAUAUUUUUCCCUAUACCUUGAAUCCAUUACUUCUUGUCCUAGUCUCUGGAGCAGCAGAAAACAAGCUUGAUCCAUCUUGAACAUCCUUUCAAAUAUUUAAAUAUGGUUAUCAUGCCACCACCAUAUGUUAUUUCCCUAUUCUAUUCAUUCUAUCUUAUUUCAGUAUUUACUUUUUUCUUCUGGGGCCACGCAAAGAGGCUUACAACAAUGGGAAAAAAAUUAAAAUGAGUUAUAUCUUGAACUGGUUCUGUGUCCAGUGGGCAAGUUUUUCCGAGACCUUGAGCUACAGCUAAGAGGCCAGAGCCAUCAUUGGCUUUCACCUCCAGUUGUGCCCAUACCUGGAAAUGGGAAAUAAAAACAAACAUCCUGCUCAUAUGUUCUAGCAACUGGUCAUGUUACCUCACAGUUUUCCAUCCAUUCUCCAGAAUCCCAGUACUGCUCUCUGUUCCAUUUUUCUAAUAUGCCUCCUCUGACUGCAUGUUGUUUAUUAGUGCCAAGCAUUGUUUGAAGUUUUUUAAGGAAACGCUCUGCUUUUUUUUUUUUGUAUUAAAAAGGUACCAUACUCUCAUGUAAGGCUGUACCAAUUCUCAUGCAGGACUGCCCUCCCCCAUGCCUCAUAAGAGGUCUGGUACUCAAUACCGGUGAGUAGCACCACAUAUGCGCACAAACAUGCACACACUCCCUAGAAAUGGCUGUAUAUUGUUUCAACCCAUAUGCUUUUUGUGAUUUGUGUGAGGUUUUAAAGAGAACAAACAUGCUCUUAAACUGUGCUAUAUUUAAUGCAAGGCUGAACAAUUUGACCUGGUUGAAUUGAGGGAAACUAGGAAAAAUCCUAGCCAAAAUCUCAAUUUACAGUCUUAAGGCCUCUCUCAAUACAAAGCCUGAUGUUAACUGAUGGCUUCAAAUAUUUUGCAUGACAGGAUUUUAUGUUCAAAAAGACAUGCAGACUAAUAGCUUUCACAACAAACGCUUUGGAGUUUUAGGCUUAAGAUAUUCUGGCAGAGUGAAAACAAUUCUAAUUUACCCUCUAUAUUCUAGUAAGAGCUUAGACAGCAAUCAUCAAUCACAGCCCACGGAAACUGCAAACUGCACAAUAUAUUCCAUCAGUUUAGUUACUGGUACCAACAAUCCUUUUCUCUGCUUUUUUUCGCUCUGCUUUAAAACAUUUUUUUUCAUUUUCUUAAAUAAAAAGACAUCACACAAAACACAAAAACAUGCCAAAAGGAAAGAACAACAACUCAACCCAUUACACAACAUAAGGUGAUUUCCAGCUAUCUCAUCUUUGACUACAGGUUAACUCCAAUGAAUACAAUUAACAAGUUGUUUUAGUAGUCUUUUCUUAAAUGUCUUGUGGUAAUGACAAUCUACUUUUUCUUUAGAUUUUAAACCCUGACACUACUUCUCUAUUUGAACAGUUCUUCAAAAGGCAUUCUGUGAAGGGUUUCUAGUGGUGUGGAAAAUGGUCCAAACUUAUCUCUUAACAGUGCUGUCAGUUUUGCUAGUUCUUCAUACUCUGUAACUUUCAGAAUCCAUUUCUCUUUUGUUGGUAUCUUAUUAUUUCUUCAUUUUUGUGUAAAUAAAGCCCUUGCUGCAGUUGUCACAUACAUAAACAGAGUUCUACAUUGCUUAGGAAAGUCUUCAACCAUUAUUCCCAACAGAAAGGCCUCACGUUUUUUCAGAAUUGUUAUUUUCAAAAAAAUUUGCAGUUCCUUGAGUAUCACAUCCCAAAAAGUCACAGCCUCUUUACAUGUGCACCACAAAUGAAAAAAGACCUCUCUUGCUGUUGACACUUCCAGCAUCCAUUUAACACAUCUUUAUACAUCUUUGCCAAUUUUUUGGGCAUUAAAUACCAUCUACACAUUAUUUUGUAACAAUUUUAAAUUGUAACGUGCUAUAAAUUUUAAACCCUUUUUCCACAGUCCCAGUGUUCCAUCAAAGUAUCACAGCCAACAUUUCUAGACCAUCUAAUCAUUACAGAUUACAAGACACUCUACUUCAGUAAAUCUUUUUAGCUGAUUAUCUUGGAUAUCCUCAAAAGGAACAGCUGCUCAUUGUGUUGGACAGAGAGAUUUAUUCCAUUUGGUUUUAAUCAACAAGAUAGCUUUACAGAUUAAUAUUUAAAAACCAGUUUAUCUUUAUUUUUAUUGAAGAGGUCAGGAUUACUGACUUGAAAUGAUAAAACACUCCUUGUUUCCAUAUCUCUUCUCCCAUGAGGUUGACAGAAGAGUCUGUUUGGAAGGAUCAUGCUGAGGAAACCUGGUAUCGCCACUCAUGACUUUAAGAAAAGGGGUAAAAUGGGAGUCUUCAACUCUUAAUCCCUUCAGUUCAAUGCAACACAUUUUAAUUCAAUUUGUAUUUUAAUAAUAACCAUGCUGACUCAUAAUGUGAUUAGCUAAAAGACUUGUUUAUCUACAGCAGCCCUCGAGGUCAUCCUUUGCUUUGUAAAACUUGAAUCCUUUAGGAAUUCUACAGCUUGGCCAGUGCAUCAGUAUUAUCACAAAAGAGCUCCUGUGUGAGUAUAAACGUACUCUAAUCUAUUCCAAGAGUUUGAUAAGAUGUUAGGAAUUUUUAAAAACAUUGGAUUCUGAAUUGCUUCUGUUACGAAGUUGACUGAUCUUGCAAACUAAGCUUGCAAUGAUUACAAGUUAAUUCCCAAAGCAUCAUAUUAAAAACUUGUUUUAGGUGGGUGUCCAUAUUGGUCUGCAGUAGAAGAGCAAGAUUCGAAUUCAGUAGCACCUUAAAAGUUUAACAAGCUUUCUGAAAAGAAAUUCUAUAUUAUUAAGCAUAUUGCCAAAAAAAUUCCAGACGUUUCAGAAGAACUAUUGCAAUAUUUGAUAAUGCCAGCCACAGUAGCACUUGCAACAAAAUAGAAGGCCAAAGAAUGUCCAAGCUAAGAGAACUGGGAAAAUAAACUGGUGGAAUAUUCAAUAUUGACAAAUUAACAAACUUGUGAAAACCCUAGCUGCCUGAAAGUCUGCCAUAGAUCAAAAACAGGCUCAAUCCCUGGGAAUGUCCUACUUCACCCCCAGCCACACCAGCAUACAGCUUUAGGCCUGUGCAGGUCCAUGAGGCAUAGGGUCUUCCCGAUCGGGCACUGCAGAGCUCUGUGGCACCCACCCACCUCCCAGUUUGCCCACCCUAUGGAAUGGGCAAAAGGGCUGGCAAGGCCCAUUUCAGCUCCAAGAGCUGAUUCAGGGCCACUGUUUCUGGAGUGAGUCGUAGAUGACCAAUCAAAGAAUUCCAUGAUAAAUGAGAAGUGUAUCAUUUCUAAUAUUCCCCAGACCCUGCAAAGAAUAAUGGUGAAAAGUGAAGGACAUUGAAAUUUUUAUUGUAACCUUAAUACAUUAAAUUGAAAAAAGGUUUAAGGGGAAACAGAUAAAUGAUUGAUCACUUUAUGAAAACUAAUAUAUCAAUUCAACUUUUAUUUUGUGCAAAAAAUUUUGAAAGCCAUUUAUCAAGGUUUUUUUGUAUACCUUAGAUUAUUAGAAUUUAUAUUAAGAUUAGCCGUCAUUGGUAAUUAUUUUUUGUUUGUUUUUAUAUUGUGGCAUAUAUUGAAUUUAGUUUGUUUCAGUCUCUAGAAUUAACUAUAAUAUUAUUUGAUUCCGGUUCUGGUUUGUUAAUUUCCAUCUAUAAUAAAAUAAAAUAAAACAGGCAAACAAGAUUUUGAAGGCAUAAGGUUUUGUGAGUCAAAGCUCUCCUUGGCAGAUUUAAAAACUGUUCUUCUAACUUGUGUCUUGCAAAUAUUCCAAGAGAACCAACUCUGAGUAAAUGAAAAACAAAUGAAACGCAAAGAAAUCAGAGUAUAACAUUCAAGUGAGUGGUAUUAAUAUUAUUAAUGAGGCUGCCCAAACAAUCUGUGCCAGCAGGUAAGAGGCUUAUUUAAACGAAGUGGGAAAGAGGAUUUCUUUCAAAGAGUAGAAACAUGAACUCUGCAGAAGACCUCGAAUAUCCUCAUACCUUAAUUCAAUACCAGAAUGGAUUUUUAAUAUCAAAGGCUAUGUUUGCAGCCUGUGAGUUGGGAGUUUUUGACUUGUUAAGCAAGUCAGAAGAGACCUUGUCUUCAAAGACUAUUGCUGAAGAGCUGGGUACCAGUCUUCAAGGAAUGGAGAGACUGCUUGAUGCAUGUGUGGGUUUGAAGCUUCUGACCAUAGAGAUCAAAAAGGGAGAAGCAUUUUAUGGAAACACUGAAAUAUCCCGUAUCUACCUCACAAAAUCAAGUCCAAAGUCUCAGUAUGAUAAUUUGAUGUACUACUCCAAAACUAUCUAUCUAUCCUGGCACUACUUAACAGAUGCAGUAAGGGAAGGAAAAAACCAAUCUGAGAGAGCAUUUGGUGUUUCAUCGAAUGAUAUCUUUGAAGCACUUUACAGAUCAGAGGAAGAAAUGAUACAAUUCAUGUCUUGCUUGAAUGCAAUUUGGAGCAUUUGUGGAAAAGAUGUGAUAGCAGCAUUUGAUCUUGCUCCAUUCAUUAAGAUUUAUGAUCUUGGAGGCUGGCUGCCCAGCAUCACAACAAAGAGGUUCCCCAACACAUACAGCCAUGCAAGGAAUGUGACAGAAAGCCCCAGCCAAAGUAGUCUAAAGGAGGCUAAAUGCCAGAUUGGUGUAGCACCACCCCAGAGCCAGGUCAUGAAGUUGAUACUUAUUCACCAGAUCCGGGCCAUACCACAGCAGGAACUCAACACCUGCUAG